AUGACUCCGAUAGUCGAAGCAUCUCAUCCAGUGACUAGUUCAUCAUUCCAGAAGCGGAAGAAGCGAGUGGCUGCUGCUUGCGACUUUUGUCGGCAAAGAAAGUUGAGAUGCAACAAUGCCGCGCCGCGGUGCGGCAGUUGCCAGUCUUACCAGAAGCAAUGCACCUACGCAGCCAGAGUUAAACAGGCAAGGCCCUCAAAUUCGCGGAUCAAACAAUUGGAGGACGAGAAUGCGAGACUUCGCGAAUCUUCUCAAGCCUCUAAACUACACAACACCCAACAACCAUCGAAUACAGAGGGCGCGGAGCAGAUACCUGCAUGGGGCCACUCAUCAUCCACGUCCCAUGGUGCUGAAAGUGAUGCAGUCGAGAGAACAUUAACCCUCAACUUACCUAACGAGCUUGAAACGGCAACUUCAGUUCACGAUGUCCUCCGACAUCCCAGUCCGACGGUGACUCGGCGCUACACGAAGUCAAUACCUGAUCGCGAGAGCCAUUUUCACGGGCCUUCAAGCGCCAUGUUUGAUGGACUACGCCCGUCAAGUAAACACAUUUUUGAUUCUGAUACGCCUGACGACGUGUACAAGAAAUGCCAGCUCUUGGCCGAAGCAACAAGGCAGAGACAAAUGGAGAUGAUCAAUUCGAAAUCCGGAAAAUUAGACUUUGACGGCGUUGAGCCUGAAAUGGCCAUGAACAUGUUAUCCAUCUUUUGGAAUCGUCAACAUCACUCGGGCUCCAUCGUCUACCGGCCAGCCUUCAUGAGAGACAUGGCUUGUAACGGGCCGCUGUUUUCGAAGCUGCUGCUGAAUGCAAUCUAUUUCUCUACCUCGGAGUAUUUAUCCCGAGCGGCGGAAUCUGGACUUGAAGGGAUCAACGCCACCCAGUGCGACGUUGCGGACAACUGCAACACUGGACUCGAGUUCCGACGAAGGAUCGACGACAUGUUGCAUGAUCCGGAGACGCGGCUGCUGUUCAAGAGCCGAGUGACUACCAUCCAGGCCCUCCUCAUAGUUUCGGAUACUCUCUUCUCCUGGUGCGACGAGAAGAGCGCAUCGUGGCUUUACUCUGGCAUUGCCAUCAGCAUGAUCACUGAUCUUGGCCUUCACUCGGAGAGCGUCAACCUGAGCGCCACCUCUGACCGCUCUCCAAAUGAUAUCGAGACCCAUCGGCGAUUAUUCUGGGCUGCUUUUGCAAUGGAUAAGCUCCAGUCCAUCUAUCAGGGUCGUCCCGCCCGUCUACGAGGGCCGGAUAACAACGUGCCAAUACGUUUCCUUGACGAGUUUGAUGAGCUCGAGCCGUUUCACACGAUUGGCUACGCUGCGAAGCCGGCGUUUCUUGGCUCCCCGGGGUAUGGCGUCUCGAUAUUCGAGCAGCUCUGCAAGCUGAGUAUCAUCAUGGACCGUGUCCUCUGCAACCUUUAUACGGAGAGAAGCUCUCAAAGGAACCCUCAAGAUCUCGUUCACACAGCGGCCUGCCUGGAUGAGGACUUGAAGAGUUGGAGAGGUGCUUUGCCGCAACACAUUUCGGUCCUUCUAGAGGACCUUGCCAGUGCGCCAAUUCUACCUCAUCUGAUCUCAUUGCUUGCAUUGUAUAACGCGACCAUCAUACUCCUUCAUCGGCCGUUUGUGUCCGAUGGGCAUCUCCAGUUGGCCGACCAGUCUCGCGUGAGUCAGUCGUUUGCUCUCUGCGCAGCUGCGGCUUCGGACAUGAACAACCUCCUGCAGGCAUUUCGACCAAACUUUUGUGCCAUAUCCACACCAUACGCCUUGUCCUAUGCAAUCUACGUGAGUGCAACUAUCCACUUACGCAUCGCGGCACAAAGGCGAGCUGGCUCUGAGGCUCAUACAAGUCUUCGAAACUGCCUCGACGCGCUUUCGGAGCAUCAGGUCAUGUCCUUUGCGUCACGACGCUGCCUGAAUAUUCUCAAGGGCCUCAUGAAGCGACUCCAGGUGGAUAUCUCGGACUCAACUGGAGUUACCAGUAGUGAUUCAAUUGGAUCAAGCGGAAGUUCAGCCCAAAGCGAGACACUGAUCACACCUUUGGCCUCGAAUAACUCACAAGAUAUGAUUGUUGUUGCCGAUGGCAGUUACCAAGUUGACCUCCAGACCGGGUCGGAGGCGCCAUGGUCUGGUGUUGACAUUGCUGAAAUCGUCAAAUCCUUCAACCUGCCGCCUCCGAGCGUGGUCUAUGACGGCCCGGGGCUCGUUGAUGGGCAAGCGGGUGGUUGUAUAGAUGAGACCGUGCAAGACUUGGACAUGUUUACGUCGUUUGACACUCUCUUUGGGCUUGAGAUGUAA